AGGAAAGAUAUUUUAAAUGCAUUUCCCUUCUGGAAGCUGACUUUAAGAGAGUGAUAUAUAGAUAGAGCUUACAAAUGGGCCACCAGGAGAGAGAGAUUGGAGGUAGUAAAAAAUAGAGCAGUUGGUAGAGAGAAGAAUGCUCAAACCAAGAAAGGUUUUCUCCUCUGAAUAAUGGCAGUCAUUUUCUAACCCCAUUUCAAGCCAACAGUUUUGCUGCUUAAGAUGAUUCUGGCAUAGUCAAAAAGGAGCCCUUGUAGCGGAGCAUCAUCAUUGUUUUGCCUGUUUGGUGUCAUGGAAGCACUUCUUGCCAUUGCUUUCCUGUUCUUUAACUUACUCUCACUUCCUGAUCCUUCCUUUUCUCAUCCGUUAUGCACUGAUUCAAGAGCACCUGUUACCUUGAACACCACUCUGAGUUUUUGUCCCUACAAUGGGAGCACAUGCUGCAAUUCCACUGGAGAUAUGCAAUUGCAGAAGCAAUUUCUGGCAAUGAACAUCUCCAAUCCUGGCUGUGCGUCUCUCUUGAAAUCUAUACUUUGCGCUAGAUGUGAUCCCUUUUCAGCAGAGUUGUUUACAAUCAAUUCUGUACCCCGGCCAGUUCCUGUUCUCUGUAAUUCCACUAUAUCAAGAAAUUCAUCUCAGUUUAGUCAACCAGUGAAUGACUUCUGCUCUAAAGUAUGGGAUGCAUGUGAAAAUGUAUCUAUAUCAAAUUCACCUUUUGCCCCUUCACUACAAGGCCAAGCUGGAUUACUUGUCAAUUCCAGUAUCACCAAAUUGACUGAUCUCUGGCAAUCAAAAACCGAUUUUUGCAAAGCAUUUGGUGGAGCAUCUACUGAUGGAUCAGUAUGUUUCGAUGGUGAACCUGUUACACUCAAUAAGACUGGAUCACCUAGUCCUCCAGCUGGUUUGUGCCUUGAGAAAAUUGGAAAUGGAUCUUACCUCAAUAUGGUUGCUCAUCCUGAUGGCUCUAACCGUGCAUUCUUCUCCAGCCAACCAGGUAAGAUUUGGUUGGCAACUAUUCCUGAAGAGGGAUCUGGAGGAACGCUCGAAAUUGACGACUCCAGUCCUUUUAUUGAUCUAACAGAUGAGGUUUAUUUUAGCAGUGAAUUUGGGAUGAUGGGUAUGGCAUUUCAUCCAAACUUUGCACAAAAUGGCCGGUUCUUUGCUUCAUUUAAUUGUGACAAGGUCAGGUGGCCAGGAUGUGUUGGAAGAUGUUCAUGUAAUUCAGAUGUGAAUUGUGAUCCUUCAAAGCUAGCUUCUGACAAUGGUGCACAACCAUGCCAAUACCAAAGCGUUAUUGCAGAGUAUACUGCAAAUGGUACAGCAGUUGAGGCUUCCUUGGCAACAACUGCCAAACCAUUGGAAGUUAGAAGGAUACUUACAAUGGGCCUUCCAUUCACAUCGCAUCAUGGAGGACAAAUUCUUUUUGGACCUAAAGAUGGGUAUUUAUACUUCAUGAUGGGAGAUGGGGGUGGACCAGAUAAUGCAGGGGAUCCUUACAAUUUUUCGCAAAACAAGAAAUCAUUGCUUGGAAAGAUCAUGCGAUUGGAUGUUGAUAACAUGCCAAGUGCUAAAGAAAUUAAUAACCUUGGUCUAUGGGGAAACUACUCUAUACCUAAAGACAAUCCAUUUAGUGAAGACAGUGAAUUGCUGCCAGAAAUAUGGGCAUUAGGCUUAAGAAAUCCUUGGCGCUGCAGCUUUGAUUCAGAAAGGCCAUCCUACUUUAUGUGUGCAGAUGUUGGGCAGGACUUGUACGAAGAGGUGGAUAUCAUAACAAAGGGGGGAAACUAUGGCUGGCGUGUUUAUGAGGGCCCCUAUCUUUAUAAUCCUCCAUCAUCACCUGGUGGAAAUACUUCUCCAAACUCCAUAAGCCCAAUUUUCCCAGUUAUGGGAUACAACCACUCUGAAGUAAACAAGAAUGAAGGGUCAGCAUCAAUUACUGGGGGUUACUUCUGUCGCUCCAAGACUGAUCCAUGCAUGUAUGGGAGGUACUUGUAUGCAGAUUUGUACGCUGGUGCUGUAUGGGCAGGCACUGAAACCCCAGAAGAUAGUGGUAACUUCACCACCAGCAAAAUUCCCUUCAGUUGUGCAAAGGACUCUCCCAUACAGUGCAUAUCUGUACCAGGAAGUAACUUUCCAUCUUUGGGUUACAUUUUCUCAUUUGGGGAGGACAAACGCAAGGAUAUUUUUGUCCUAACCAGCAGUGGUGUUUAUAGAGUAGUUAGACCAAGUCGCUGCAGUUACACCUGCUCAAAGGAAAAUGUCACAAAUGUUGCAAGCCCAGGUCCUACGACCUCACCCCCUUCGAAUGCAGGUCAGUCGCAAUGCCGAUACAGCAGGAUUGUGGUCUUACUCUCCUCUUUGUUGCCGCUUUUGUUUAGUGUUAUCUAGCAUAUCACAGCAGAUGUAUGUAGCAUAAAGGUCUUCUUCCAGUAUUGUUGUACACUAGACUUUUCUCAAUUCCGUUUUCUAUUUUUUUUUUUUUCCUAUAAUCGGCUUGAUUCAACUUGAGAUCUCACAAUCCUGAUGAGUACAGUAACACUAAGUUAAAAAGCUCAUUAGUUUCAUUUCUGUUUCUUGAAUUGUGGUUUUCCGGAACUACCAAAGAGAUGCCUGUAUUUCCUUUAUCUUCAAUUCCAGACCAAUGGAAUAGGUUUUGUCA